AUGCUUGUUCCAGAGAUGUGCGGUAACCUGGGCUCCAUAUGGGGAGAUGGCGUGUCGGCACUCGGGUCUACGGCAGAUCAGAACAUGAUAUUCCAGAUCGGCGUAGAGUUGCAGCUAAGCGUGCUCCCUACCACAACCAAGAACACCUCGAAGCAAGUUUCGUCAUUCACAGAUCUGCGAUACCCCAAAGAGGCAAAGACACACCCCAGUGCUAAACAGGUUGAGAAUUAUCUGGACAGCUAUGCCGACACAUUUGAUGUCCUCAAGCACUUCCGUUUCGAUACAGAAGUAGUCGCUGUCCAACGAGACGAGCAUAACGGAGCGUGGAUGGUCACCACUAAGAGUACCAAGGAGGGCAGCAACGGCGCGACAGAGGUGCAUCGCUUCGAUCGAGUCGUUGUAGCCUCGGGCAUGCUGAACGUCGCCAAGAUGCCCAAGUUCCAAGGGUCCGAGCAGUUCGAGGGCGACCUCAUGCACGCAAGGGAGUUCAAGGACCCCUCCAAGUAUGAGGGUAAGCGGGUGAUUGUUGUCGGAGUCGGCGCUACGGGAGUAGACAUCGCGUCCUUCAUCGUCAAGGCCAAAGCCAAGCAGGUCUUCUUGAGCCAUCGAGCACAAAUGCUACUACUUCCGCGCAUGGUCUCCGGUAAGGCGUUCGACCACAGCAUGUCUCGGCGGAUGGGCACCAUCAUGCGCUGUCUGAUGGCGUGGAUUCCGGGUCCUAUUAUGAAGUUCAUCGCCACUCCCAUGAUAGCCGCACGCAAGGCGGCCUAUCCCUGGUUGAACGACCACCCUUCCUUCAAUGCUCCUAGAAAGAUAGAUUGCCUGCCAUAUCGCGUGCCCAUGUUUUCCGACGACCUCGCGGACAACAUCCGGCAAGGCACCGUGCAGACAACACAAGGCAUUGCGGAGAUCACAGGUCCCCGAUCUGUCCGCAUGACUGACGGAACUGAGCUUGACGACAUUGACGCCAUAGUCGUGUGUUCCGGGUACACGUAUGACCUGUCAUUCCUUCAAGGCCCUGGCAACCCUUGCGACCCGGCCUUGGCACCAGACGGAUUCAGGGCUCAUAGAGCCGCCAAAUAUUACGAUCCAGACUACCCGUUCGCCCGCCUGUACCAUGGCAUCUUGUCCGAGCAGUAUCCAGACAGCUUGGCCAUCAUAGGUCAUAUGCUCAUCAUGAAGCCACCCUUUGUCGUAGCCGACCUGGAGGCCAUGGCCAUCGCCAGCCUCCAGUACGAUUUCAUCGUCAAGAUGUGCGCCAACGGGCCCAUACACUAUCCUGGGUUCUGCUUUUCACUGGAACAAGCGACGUAUAACUGGCUCAAUACGGUGGGCGGCACGGGCGCUAUGGUGGCAGGAUGCAAAUUUUACAACUUGCUGAUGGACGGCAUCGACUGCCCUGCUACGUACCGACUAUUUGACACGCCGUAUGGGCGCAAGUCGUGGAAGGGGGCCAAACAGGCCAUUCUGGACGCCAACGAGGAAGUGAGGGUUAUGGGCGAGCAGUGGAAGAAGGAGGAAGCGAACAAGAAGUUGAAGUCAUCGUAA